AUGGAGAACAAAAUUGAAUCUUAUGCUCGCAGUUCAGUUGGGAGUUUGGUUAACCACAUGCGAAGAUUAUUGUUUCGUGUUCUGUCGACAGGUCCAAUUCCAAACCACAUUGCCUUUAUUUUAGAUGGAAAUCGAAGGUAUGCUAAGAAGCAAAACCUCGGAGAGGGGAUGGGUCACAGAGCCGGCUUUGUGACUCUCAUGUCUCUGAUGAAGUACUGCUAUGAAUUGGGUGUGAAAUACGUAACUGUAUAUGCUUUCAGCAUCGAUAACUUCAAAAGACGGCCUGAGGAAGUUCAGUCUUUGAUGGAUUUAAUGCUGGAGAAAAUUGAAGGAUUGCUCAAGGAAGAAAGUAUCGUGAAUCAGUAUGGAGUGAGGGUUUAUUUUGUAGGGAACUUGAAACUUUUGAACGCUCCUGUUCGGGAUGCAGCUGAAAAGGUGAUGAAAGCUACAGCAAACAACAACAAGAGCAUUCUUCUGAUUUGUGUUGCCUAUACUUCAACUGAUGAAAUUACGCAUGCUGCCCAAGAAGCUAUCGAUGAGAAGUGGGGUGAAAUCCAAGAGUCAAGUAAAGCAAGUAUUGCCCAAAAUGGUGAAAUAAGUCAAGAAAAGCACGAGGGAAAUCGUACAAUAAAGGUAGCAGAUAUUGAGAGGCACAUAUAUAUGGGAGUAGCUCCGGAUCCUGAUAUUUUGGUUCGAACGUCAGGCGAGACUCGUCUUAGCAAUUUUCUCCUUUGGCAGACUUCAACCUGCCUUUUGUAUUCCCCCAAGGCUCUAUGGCCGGAGAUUGGUUUACGACACUUAGUAUGGGCUGUAUUGAACUUUCAAAGAGUUCAUCCGUACUUAGAGAAGAGACGGAAGCAGGUAUAA